UAACUUCAACCAAGGACGGUUACAACGUAGCAACUGUGAAACGUUGUGUUUUACAUGGUAUCACUUCGCUACCCAAACCGUAUGUAAUAUUUUAUGAACUGUGACGACAUGUUAUAUAGGCUAUGGCCUAUCGGACAAGAUAGACCGCUUUUCAAGCCCAGGCAGAGACCGCUUGUUCAAGCAAAAUGGCAUAAUAAUUAAAUCAUGUAUAUUAGACACAAUCACUAUGAUCACACGAAUCAAAUACCAUUUGAAGCCAAUAGCGGUGUGAUAGUUUCCCCCAUCUAACAUUAAACCCCUUCAUCCGUGUGCUGCUACAGUGAGGUUCGGCUCAUUCCGCUUGUGUAGCCGGGUAUGCACUGCUGUGGUUGUUUACCCCAUCAGCAGACCCUGCAGUACUCUCCAUCCAAGAUGGCGGCAGGUGAAAGCAACAGCAGGGCACCAUGUCUCAAUUUCUCCAGCCCCGGACCACUGGGCAACGCUCAGCCGAGCAACAACGCCCAUUCCACGCCCGCAAUUAACGAGGGCUCGGCGGGUCCCUCCGGAGGGGCGACAAGGACGGUGAGACACUCAAACCCUCAACCGGGCCCAGGUCGCGGCGGUAGCACCGAGGUGAGAGUAGAGAGCUCUCCGAACAGACAGCACACUACCCUACAGACAGCGGGACAAGGUGCGCGGGCAGCCACAUCCGCAGGGCGAGCGUCUGCGACAGCGACGAACAUGACAGCUUCUGCCGCAGCCCCUGCGGAGUCUGCCGUCUCCUCCACGCUUCCUAAUAGCCCCUCGUCCGCCGCAGUGCUGGUGUACCGGGAACCGGUGUACAACUGGCAAGCCACCAAAAACACCGUGAAAGAACGGUUUGCGUUUCUGUUUAACAACGAGGUUCUCAGUGACGUGCAUUUUCUGGUAGGGAAGGGAAUGGGAGUACAGCGGAUACCAGCGCACAGAUUUGCUCUUGCCGUCGGUAGCGCAGUGUUUGAUGCCAUGUUCAAUGGCGGCAUGGCCACCACAUCGACCGAGAUAGAACUGCCUGACGUGGAGCCCGCUGCCUUCCUCGCCUUGCUCAAGUUCCUAUACUCAGACGAGGUCCAGAUCGGCCCGGAGACAGUGAUGACAACACUGUACACAGCUAAGAAGUAUGCAGUACCGGCACUGGAGGCCCACUGUGUAGACUUCCUGAAGAAAAACCUGAGAGCAGACAACGCCUUCAUGCUGCUCACACAAGCCAGGCUGUUUGACGAACCCCAGCUGGCCAGCCUCUGUCUGGAGAACAUUGACAAGAACACUGUGGAUGCCCUGUCUGCAGAGGGCUUCACCGAUAUAGACCUGGACACCCUGGUGGCCGUGUUGGAGAGGGACACCCUCGGGGUGCGGGAGGUGCGUCUGUUUGGGGCGGCGGUGCGCUGGGCAGACGCGGAGACCCAGAGGCAGCAGUUCCAGCCCACGCCCGAGAACAAGCGCAAGGUCCUGGGCAAGGCCCUGGCGCUCAUCCGCUUCCCCCUCAUGACCAUCGAGGAGUUCGCCGCAGGGCCGGCCCAGACGGGGAUCCUGACCGACCGGGAGGUGGUCACUCUGUUCCUGCACUUCACGGUGAACCCCAAGCCCCAGGUGGAGUUCAUCGACCGGCCUCGCUGCUGCCUGCGGGGGAAGGAGUGCAGCAUCACCCGCUUCGCCCAGGUGGAGAGUCGCUGGGGGUACAGCGGGACCAGCGACCGCAUCCGGUUCUCGGUCAACCGCAGGAUAUUUGUGGUGGGGUUCGGCCUGUACGGGUCGAUACAUGGACCCACAGACUACCAGGUCAACAUCCAGGUCAUCCACACAGACAGCAACACGGUGCUGGGCCAGAACGACACAGGCUUCAGCUGUGACGGCUCGUCCAACACCUUCAGGGUGAUGUUCAAGGAGCCUGUUGAGAUCCUACCCAGCGUCAACUACAUUGCCUGCGCCACGCUCAAGGGCCCAGACUCACACUACGGGACUAAGGGCAUGAGGAAGGUGACCCACGAGGCUCCUGCCACCGGCACCAAGACCUGCUUCACCUUCUGCUACGCGGCGGGGAACAACAACGGCACCUCCGUGGAGGACGGACAGAUCCCGGAGGUCAUCUUCUACACCUAGGCCGUGACCUCCGACCUCUCGCCCCCCACCUCAGACAGCCAAUCGCUGAGGAGGGGGGCUCUUCUGUAUACUCUGGAAACGUUCUCUCUCUCUCUCCGCCCCGCCUUGAGGGGAUCUCUGAUGAGUCAUGAUGGGAUAGGUGGCCCUUCACACCCUGUCCUGUCGCAUUAGAUCAGAGAUUACCCAGAAGGCCGUGCGGCGAGGCAGCAUGUUUAGGGAGUUUGGAGAAAAGGUCUUAGCUGAGUCAGGCCGUGUAAGAAAACGACAUCAGACAUCUGUAUCACCUUCAUCCUCUAGGCAGCCAUGACACCACUACAUCAGCAUUCUGCCGUCUGAGCCUGACUCCCCACUGUUCCCCUGGAGGGAGCCUUGUUCUAGCUGCGUGGCGUGCUCUGGUUCCUGGUCGCCUGGUUUUCUGGUUCUAGGAAGCCUGGUUGUUGGGUCUCUUGGUUCUUUGUGGCCUGGUGUUUGGACCUCUUCUCUCUGGGUGGCCUGGUUCUAGGAUCUGCUGGUUCUAGGGCCUCCUGGUUCUAGGUGGUGCUGGUUCCUGCAGGUCCUAGGGACUUGUUCUGCCCCAGACUGGUGGAGAAGGCCUAUCCAUUCAUAUGUAAAUAAAUGAGUUGCAAAAGCAAUGCAAGCUGAGCUGUAGGAGACGGUCUCACCCUCAUAGAGACAACGUAUUUGAUUUGCACUGAUGCACUUUGGCGGGUCGAGGGCAAUCGCUCAAAAUGAGUAAAAAAAUGGAAAAAAAAGGUUUCUGAUAUUAAAUUAGCUAUUUCUGUGUUUAAUAAAUAAUGAAAGGAACUUGUUCUCAUCUAAAUUAAAUUCUACGAAUUGAAUGUAUAAAUAUGGUGAAGAUAUCGGUGCUGAUGGAUUAGCAAGAGAAGAGAGCCUUACUGCAGGAACUCACUUUAUAAAGACUUUCCUUAUCGAGGGACACGGGUCAGUAUGAUCAGAAAGCCAUGUUUGAACUUUGACCUCACUCAGACGACCGCAUGGUCCUCCAUGUUUGAGCCUUGACCAUGACCACAUGGUCCACCCAGUUUAAACUUUGACCUCACGCAGACCAACAUGGUGAGUGGCUCGCAUGGGUUCAUCAAACAGCACCACUACAACCUGACCACAGCGGUCAAUGUGGUCGACCAGGGUGGGGAUUCAUUCACUUAUUUGCAUGUUUACCAAACAACCUGUCCUUUAGGGGUCGAGUUCAAUGGAUCUGUUGAUUGUCUAAGCUGGUGUUAUUUCUGUCACGGUACAACACAACUGUUUGACAUGUCAAGCUAUGAUUCUGUCUAUAGUGACCCCACUCUGGCUUAUCUGUCCAUUGUAAAUAAAUGGCUGAAUGAUGUUAGUGUGUGUGUGU